AUCCAUGUAUAAUAUGUAUAUGUACAUUUGUUAUUUAUCUGUCAUAUGUCAUAUGGAGACAAUAAAAUUAUUUUAGAGUAAUUAAUUGUUGGUAAUUAGAAGCAAUAUGAUUGAUAUUAAUAAUUAAAAUAAUUACUUAAUUAAACUAAGCUUGAAAGUUUUUAUUUGCAAGGUAUUUUGUGAUUAAUAUUUUAAUAUUAAAAAUGAUUUCGGAGCGAGAUUACGCACCAUUGAGUGCAGCGUGUGUUAGAUCGCUGAAUGACAAAGUUUAUGAUAAAAGGAAGCCAGCAGCUACUGAGAUAGAAAAGAUGGUAAAAGAAUUUUCCGCGCACAACAACACAGUCCAAAUAAAGCGCCUAUUAAAAGUAUUAGGCCAAGACUUUGCAACCUCCCAAAACUCCCACACCAGAAAAGGCGGCUUAAUAGGCCUCGCCGCUAUUGCAGUGGGCCUGGGCAAGGACACUGGCCAGUACACAGAAGAAUUAAUCCGGCCCAUCUUGGCCUGUUUCUCUGACCCAGACAUCCACGUUCGCUACUACGCCUGCGAGAGUCUGUACAACGUGGUAAAAAUCGCUCGAAGCGCCGUGCUGCCUCUCUUCACCGACAUCUUCGGCGCACUAAGCAAGCUAGCUUGCGACCCAGAACAAAACGUAAAAAACGCAACAGAGCUCCUCGACCGUCUCAUGAAGGACAUAGUCACAGAAAGCGGGAUGUUCGACCUGGUGGGCUUCAUGCCUAUUUUACGAGAGCGCAUCUACAUAAAAAGCCCUUUCGGCCGGCAGUUCAUGAUCUCCUGGGUCUCGGUCUUGGACGCUGUGCCGGACAUGGACUUUGUGAUAAUCCUCCCGGAGAUCUUAGACGGGCUCUUUAUUAUCCUCGAAGAUCCGACUCCGGAGAUUAAGAAAAUUACUGACACAGUCCUGGGGGAGUUUCUUCGUAGCAUUAAAGCAAAUCCUUCUAGAGUAGACUUCCAGGGGAUGAUAAAUAUUUUAAUAGUUCACGCGCAAAGCGCUGAUGAGCUCCUACAGCUGACAGCUAUCGCUUGGAUGAGAGAAUUUGUCCAGCUUUCGGGAAGUUUAAUGCUGCCCUACGCUUCGGGAAUUCUUUCUGCUAUUUUGCCUUGUCUCGCUUAUGAUAGUGAUAAUAGGAAGAAUAUUAAAGAGACAGCUGCUAAAGUUAAUUCUGCUCUUAUGGAAUUAAUUACUACUGAGAAUCUUGUUAUUACUUGCGACCCAGCUGAUGAGAAAGCUGGUAAAAAAGAAGACAAGCCAGAAGAUGAUAAAAAACCAGAGGGACUUAAUUUGACAAAAAUUGUUGAAGUUUUAACAAAACACUUAAAACAAACUUCCGUUCAAACUAAAAUAGCAACCUUAAAAUGGAUUUAUCAUUUAUUUAUCCACAUUCCCAAUAAAAUGUACAAUCAUAUUGAUGAUUUAUUUCCCGUCUUAAUGCGAACCCUCGGUGAUAAUUCUGACGAGGUUGUUCAGCAAAAUUUAGUUGUAAUUGCUGAAAUAAUAAGCCCGCAAUCUACUAAAGAUAAAGAUAAAGAAACAACUAGGAUAAGUCCGAAAUAUUUCACUAAAUUUAUUGUAAAUUUAUUGAGAUUGUUCUCUACUGAUAGACACUUGUUGGAAGACAAGGGAGCAUUUAUCAUUAGAGAGCUGUGUGUCCUGUUGAGUGCGGAAGAGAUUUAUAAAAUUCUGGCGAAAAUCCUGCUAGAAGAACAGAAUUUAAGGUUUGCUGGGAUCAUGAUUCAGACUUUGAAUGUUAUUUUGCUUACUAGCUCGGAGUUGUUUGAGCUGAGGAAUAAAUUGAAGGAUUUGAAGAACGAGGAGAGUCGCAAAUUGUUUGUUUGCUUGUACGAGUCGUGGUGUCAUAAUCCGGUCGCAACAAUGGCACUUUGCUUGCUGGGUCAGAAUUACGCCCACGCGUGCGAUCUUGUUAAAUCAUUUGCUAACAUCGAAGUAACUGUUGAAUUUCUCACGGAAAUUGAUAAAUUAGUACAACUAAUUGAGUCUCCGAUAUUCACUUAUCUGAGACUGGAGUUACUGGAACCAGAAAGGAAUGAAUCUUUGGUGAGAACUCUGUACGGCCUGUUGAUGAUCUUGCCCCAGAGUGAAGCAUUCGCAACAUUACAACGCAGAUUGACAGCGAUACCUCCAGCUAGCUCGGUGAUAGUCGCCGGCAAAGCCGGUGACUCUUCAAAUAAUAAACAGACGGACGGAAUUGAUUUUGCGAGGCUUCUGAAGCAUUUUGAGAGCGUUCAGGAGAAACACAAAGAUCAGAAACAUCGUCAGCGGCUCAAUAUGCUCGUUGAUCGUGAUUCAACACCGACAAAUCAUAGCGAUACGUGAUAAAAAAAAUAACUAUGAUAACAAGUAUUGUUGGUUACUUUUAUAAUUUAUCUCCUCGUCGGUAUCUUGGUCUGUUAAAUUUUUUUCAGAAUCAUUAAACUCUGUCAAAGUA